AAGCCCCCCACGUCAUCCAUCCAUACCCUAGGCGCCAGUGUGCUCGUGGCGGCGGACUGGCGGUGGUGUCCCCUCCCUUCCUCUCCUCCCCGCAAGAUCCGGCGCGCCAGCGCCUCUCAGCCGGGCGGCCCUAGCAGCUCGCGGCCCCACCAUCUGGCAGGGUAGCCGGCGGCGGAGCACCGCCUUCUCCUUCGACGGGCAACCCGCCCCGCCCACACGGCAACAAGGCCCGCUUCUUCGGCACCGCGACCCAUCUCCUCCCUUCGCUCCCCCAGCGCCCGCCGCUCCCCACGCGGUCGGCCCGUGCGCCGCCCUCCACGCUCCCCUGCCCAGCUGCAGCUCGAAUCCGGCUGGUGAGGCAGCACCCUCCCUUCCCACGACUUCUCUGUUCAUUCUCUCGGCCUUGGUCUUCCUUUCCUAGAGGCGACGGCAGGGCGACUUGCGCUGCCCGUUCUUCGUCGAGCGACGGGCGCCUCCCCGGCGACGAACAUCCCACAGGGUACAUGACCAUGUCCUAUACUGGGUCCGCCCCUGUGAACCAGCACAAGGAGGAGGAUGCCUUGAGAGGUCGCGCGGUCAAAAACCAGAAGGUGGUAUGGGACAAGACCCUGGAGAUGAGAUUCCUGCUGCAGAAGGCGUUUGCCACUUCUAACAAGCUGCCCCAGGAACCCACCAAAACAAGGUUUUUCAAUCAUGAUAAGCAGAUAGAGCAAGCCUAUGAGGAGUUGCUGAAUUCGUCAAAGCAGACUCUGGCUAGCAUGAGGGAACUACAAGAGGCUUUGCUGGAGAGUAACCAGGCUGUAAAGGAUGCCGAUGAAAUUCCUUCUACUUCCAAUGGAGAGAAUGACGAGUGGUCAGAAGUACAGAGAUUGCAGAGAAGGAUAACAACAUUUAGAAAUACAGAGGUCGAUAAAUGGCAGAGGAAAAUACAGGUCACGACGGGUGCUGCUGCCCUGAAAGGAAAGCUACAUGCAUUUAAUCAGAACAUAAGUGACCAAGUUGCUGGUUACAUGAGAGAUCCAAGCCGAAUGAUUAACAGGAUGUACUUAACCAAAUCUACUGUUGGUGUAUUCGGAGAGGAUGCGGGAGAACCUGGAGCAGUUGAGGAGGGGCACAUUGUGGAAGGUGAUCCUGAACUUAUUGAUGAUUCUGAGUUUUAUCAACAACUUCUCAAGGAGUUUCUCGAGUCGUGUGAUAGAGGAUCAUCAGACUCAGCAUUUUAUACUCUACAAAAGCAGCAGGUGAAAAAGAGAAAGCUUGUUGAUCGCCGCGCUUCAAAGAGCAGAAAGAUAAGGUAUCAUGUUCACGAGAAGAUCACAAAUUUCAUGGCCCCGGUACCCAUGGCUGUUCCUCCAAUGGCUCCGAAGUUGUUUGAGAAUUUAUUUGGCACGACCAACUAGAAACCCACCAAAGCAUGAAUUCAAAUUUCACAUAACAUGUAGCGAUUUUUUGUAUUUUUAAAAUUGUAGCAUGUCUGAUGUUGCUAUAGACUUCAAUCUGUGAAUCGAACAUUUCCAUGAUCUGAUCAGUUUUGUGCAUCGGCAAGCAAAUGUAAGGAUCAAUCUUAUCGUAAAUUUUUGCUAGUAUAAUCUGCCAUAAAAA